AUGCAAGAGGAAACGUAUCACGCGGUUGGCUCCUACGAGGACUGGGAAGACGACGAGGAAGAAGAAAGUGACGGUGAGGGCCUGUACUAUCCUGGCUCCGACCAAACGUCGUCCCCUCGAGGCGCCUACACAUCACGCGAAAUGUUCGCACGCCCCUCCCACUACACCAGAAUUUCGUCCGAUUGCGAUCCACAGUCACAAGCACCUCUCUUCCGCCUGCCCCCUGAACUAAGGGCUUGUAUCUACGACUACGUGGUUGGCUCUGGCACGAUCCAUGUGACCACAAGAAGCUGCACUUUCAUGGACAGGUAUCUCACGGCUGGCUUUGGACACCAGAUGAUCGGCGACUGGAAUGGCCCCGAGGGGGAGACCUUUCAAAAGUCGACGUACUCAGUCUGUUCAGAUGGUAAUUACUGGAAAGAAGCUUAUGCGCGAAGCAAACUUGGUGAGUUUGACUACCGCCGAGACCUGAGGCACAUGGGUCCAUGUGCUCGGGCUGCAGACGACCUUCAAGACGAAACCCUGGCCACGAUUCUAUUGCAGACCUCGAUGCGCCCCAAAGGCGACGCUGGCUGGCGUCAAUUUAGGGCAGAUCACGAUGACCGGUUGUCCGCCCUCAAGCAGCGGCAUGCACGCUCUGCUCUGGAUUUGAAUCUCUUGCAAACAUGCCGACUGAUCUACCAAGAAGCUUGGAAGCUACCUUUCCUCAACUACACCUAUGACAUUCCAGGUGAACUGCAGCGGACCUUCGUCUCAAAAGUACUAUUUCAACACCAAGCCAGCGCCAUUCAGUCGCUCCGUGUCGAUGAGCUCCUACAGAUCACGGACCUAAACUACAUGUUAGGCGAGUUCCCGAGCUUGAAAAAGUUGCAAAUCAUGCUUCUAACACACCAACCAAUCUACGGAUUGGAGUCCCAUUUCCGGACGUUCUUUUCUCUGAGCAAGAUAGAGUCCGUUCAGGGAAUUCUUACCUGCGUGAGUGCUACAGGUUAUGAGGCAAAGCCUGCAGAGGCCGAGCAAAUGGAGAAAUUCUUGGUGAAGACGGAGAAUCGAGGGCGGGGCCUUGCUAGACGUAAAGAAAUUAGCGAACGCGUGAGAGCGGGAAUCGAACAAGGUCUAUGUGUAAUAGAUGGCUAUCUGACGGAAGAUUCAGCCAGCGAUAAUGAUGAUGCUGAGGACGGCGGUCGGGAUGGGGAUGAUGAUGUUGGUAGUGAAGAUUAUAUUUCUGAUAUCGCCUGA